CAAAAGAAGAGAAGAGAAUCUCUGAAAUGGUCUAAACUGACCAUAACCGAUGCAACACACAACUAUUUCUUCGCAUCCACCAUCAUUCUCAUCUUCCUCUUUCUCCUCCAAACACCAACACUCAACCGUCACUGUUUCUCUCUCUCUCUCUCUCUCUCUCUAACCCAAUGCCAUUGCUAUGACACCAUCUUUUUCCUUUUCCCUCCCUUUUCAAACCACCCAUUCACGCUAAGAUCCGUUCUCUCUUCCCAUAAUCAUCCUCAGAUGCAGACUCUAAUUCCCUCUGUUUCUUGCAUCAGAGGUUUCCUCUCAUGAAUCUCGCUCUCUCUUUUUUCAAUUUUCUCACCGAAUUCGGAUGUGGCUUCGUUCUCCUCGCUUGCCUCUCUCGCCUUCUCAACUUUCUCGGCAUGGUUUUGAUGUUAGGCUUCUGUUUCAAGAUUCUUCAUUUCGGUUGGCGUUUUAAGGGUACAUUGCGUUUCCUAUGCGAUUUUGGUGGCGUGCCAAGAAUUCGUUUCUGUUUGGAAAACUUGGUUUGGGAAGUUUCUAAGCCAAAGAUUAAAUCUUUGGGAAAUGGGUCUGACCCAAAUACGAAUUCUUCGACCAAGAAGAGUUCCAAUGCUGCCGGAGAGAAAGUGAGCGCUAGUUCGGAAGAUGGGUUGGAGGGAAAAGACGAUAGUGAAAUAGAAUCGCGCGAUGAAGACGAUUUGUUCGAUGUAAAGACGCUGAGAAAGUUGGUAAAGAUUCAGCGCAAGAAAGCCAAUGCAGCUUUUGCAGAGCUUGAUAAGGAACGAACGGCGUCUUCUUCGUCGGCUGAGGAAGCAAUGGCGAUGAUUCUCCGGCUUCAGAGUGAAAAGAGUUCGGUUGAAAUUCAAGCGAAUCAAUUCCGCAGAAUGGCUGAGCAGAAGCUAGAAUAUGACGAUGAAGUGAUUGAGUCCUUACAAUGGGCGAUCACGCGGCAUGAAUCUCAUAGUAGUGUGUUGGAGGAGCAGUUGAGGAUUUAUCGGGAAGAACUCAAGCAAUAUCUUGGGGAGGAUGAGAUAAAACAACUUGAAGGUGAUGUUAGUAGGGGUAGGAGUUUUGAGAAUGAAGCGGUUAAUCCUGUAGUUAGCUCUUCUGAAACUGAAUCAUAGACCUUGUAAGUUUCCCAAGGUUGUUAUAUACAAAAAUGCUUUUACUUGACUUUCCUCUGACCUGUUUUGGUAUAGUGUAAAUUGUAGUUAAUCCAUAAUUUCAUUAAUAAUGCUGUGCCUAAAUUGUAUACA